ACCUGAGUCUAGGCUGUGACGUACCAAAUGCCCUACCUUGUCGCCAGCCGCAGGCCAGCAUCUCCAGUUUCAUCAGACGCCGUGUCAAACUUCGCAGCUGGAUAUUACCCCCGGGAGACAUCACACUGCGACGAAGUUCAAUUGGUGAACAUCGCCACGGUUAUAACUUAAAUAUAGCAGAAUGCGCUCAAUCCUCAUCAUCAACCCGAACUCUACGGAGUCCAUGACCAAUGGCUUGAAGCCGCUUGUUGAUGCGCUGCAUUUCAAAGAUGUCGAUCACCACCACUCACCACUACUUGCCAGCAACUAACCACAGCUAUCAGACCGUACAUGAAUACUUCACUGCACCUUCAGGGCCGAAGAGCAUCAACAACGAAGACGAUGCCCUAGAGUCAGUCGACCACUGCUUGCCCACGCUGCGACACGCCCUCGAUCGCCACGAUGGCUUCCUCAUCGCAUGCUACUCGCACCACCCUCUCGUCCCCAUACUCAAGGAAGAAUCUGUCAUCAAAGCCGCGCGCAAACCCGUAACUGGCAUCUUCGAAGCCAGCGUAGGCACCUCGCUCCAGUCCAUCCACCCCGACGAGAAGUUCGGCAUUGUAAGCACAGGCAAAGUAUGGGAAGCCAUCCUCACAGAUGCAACCAUUGCCUUCCUCGGUACCGGCCCUGAAGCAAGCAAGCGCUUUGCGGGCGUCGAAACAACAGGGCUCAAUGCGACGGAUUUGCAUGAUGCUCCGGCGGAGGAGGUAAGGAAGAGAAUGAAGGAUGCUGUAAAGAGGUUGUUGCAGAAGGGAAGCGUUGGCGCAAUCUGUUUGGGAUGUGCGGGUAUGGCCGGAAUGGAUCAAAUGGUUAGGGAGGCUUGCGUGGAAGAGUGCUGUGAGGGCUGGGUUCUAGCUUUGACAAUAUAUUUCAUGGUUCUUAAAAAGUAGAGCACAUAGUCUUCCAAUACAAACUGCAUUGCUGGUGUCGA